UGGACAGUUAUCAAAGACCUCCUUGAUACUUAGCUCAAAUUCAUUUGUGAAGAUAGAUGUAUUGGAAAAUUGUUUAAUGCCACAGAAUCCUAGGCCAGUCUUGUAGCAUCUUAAAAGAUCCAUCUAAUAUGAUAUUAUACCAAAUCAUGUAUUCUAUAUAUACUCCUUGUUUUAGUUCAGAGAUAUGAUAAUAUGUAUUUUAAGAAAGAAAUAACUGGAUUAAGCACCUACCAUGCAACAUAAAUAUAAAGACAGAACUGAGAGUCCCUACACUGAAGAAGCUUCCAGUCUGUUGUACAAUUCAACAUGUAAAGGGAAUAAUAAGAAAUAGAGAAUAGUAAUGAAAAAAGAUGAUUAAAGGGAUAAUAUCACAUAGGGUGAUGGAGGGCAACCAUUAUUUCUCUUAAAAUUAAUUUUCCUUCAAAAGACUUCUCUACUUUCCUCAAUUUACUGUCUGAACCCUUAUUAUUUCUGAUUCAUGAAUUUGGACCAAUGAAUUUGUGAUGAUUUCUAUUUAAUAAAUAUUAUUCUUAGUGACUAUAAAGAAUUAAACAACAGUAUCAUUUUAAGGAAUGGUAGAAAUUUUGUGAUUCAUGUUUAUAUAUGCAACUACAAAUCAUAUAAUAUCACAUUAAUUAGUCUCACUUGAAUUUCCACAAGUAAUCAACAGUAACUGACAAAUAUUAGUAGAGUAUUUAAUGCUCUGCCAUUCUGGACAUUCCUAUUAACUACCCAGAUUCUAGGGAUUUGGGAAGAGGUACAGAAUCCUAGCACAUGUAUAUAUGACAUAUAUGUAGAGGAUCACCUCAUGUCAGGAAAGGUUCAUGGCUGCUGAUGUCCUUUCUUGGAGUCACUAUACUACUCUAUUAGACCUCCAAUCAUCUUUUACCAUGCCUUCUCUCUUUGUGUUACAUCUCAGUUUUUUUGUAAUACCAUGACUCAGAAUUUUAAAUUCUAUGUUAAACUCUCAGGGGGGUCAUCUAUUGAUUGGUUCCAUGCACCACUUAUAUUUUCUUUAUAAUCAUCAUCAUCCAGUCUCUCCAGGUUAGGUGCAUACCUGCGGUGCUUAGCCCUGAAUACUUCCAAUUAUUUUCCACGGUCACUCCAACCCAAUUUUUUCAUCAUAUAUUGCUUUGUGCUCUGAAGAACGCUCAUCUUAUCUAAACAACUUCUCUUUCCAACAGGUUUUUUGAUGGCACAAAACCUGUGUUGGCCAUCAUGGACCCAGAGACAAUCAAAACAGUAAUGGUAAAAGAGUGCUAUUCUGUCUUCACUAAUCGUCGGAUGCUUGGUCUAUCAGGGAUUUUGGAGAAGGCCAUCUCAAUUGCUGAAGAUGAGCAAUGGAAGAGGAUGCGAACAGUGCUGUCUCCAGUAUUUACAGGUGGAAAACUUAAGGAGAUGUUUCCCAUCAUAAAACAAUAUGGAGAUGUGUUAGUGAAGAACAUGAAGAAAGAAGCCGAGAAAAGCAAGCCUGUAACUCUGAAAGACAUCUUAGGGGCAUACAGCAUGGAUGUAAUCACCAGUACUUCCUUUGGAAUACAUGUUGAUUCCUUAAAUAACCCAAAUGAUCCCUUUGUCAGAAAAAUCAGGAAGUUAAUUAGAUUCAGUUUUCGGGACCCACUCAUUCUUUCAAUAGAAAUUGGAUAUAACCAUAUUUUCAAAGGAUGUAACAGAUUUCCUAGCAAAAUCUAUUUUAAAAAUAAAAGAAGAACGAAAGAAAACAGAGAAGGAACUAAUCCAGCUGAUGUUGAAGAAAUAUGUCCAUUGGUUGGCACACAUCGAGUAGAUUUUCUUCAACUUAUGAUGGAUUCCCAGACUUCUAAAAAUUCAGAGUCACACUCUCAAAAAGAUCUGAGUGAUGAAGAAAUUCUGGCUCAAUCCAUCAUCUUUAUUUUUGCUGGCUAUGAAUCCACCAGCUCUGUCCUUUGCUUCCUUUUUUAUCAACUGGCUACAAAUCCUGGAAUUCAAGAGAAACUUCAGAAGGAGAUAGAUGCAUUUCUGCCCAACAAGGAAGCUGUCACCUAUGAUGCCCUGGUACAGAUGGAAUACCUAGACAUGGUGAUCAAUGAAAAUCUCAGGCUGUACCCCAUAACGGGUAGGAUUGAAAGGAUUGCUAAGAAACCUGUUGAGCUCAAUGGCUUGAUGAUUCCUAAGGGAACGGUGGUGAUGGCUCCUCCCUAUGUCCUUCAUCGUGACCCAGAAUACUGGCCAGAACCAGAAGAGUUUCGUCCUGAAAGGUUCAGUAAGGAAAACAAGGAGAGCAUCAACCCCUAUGUGUACCUGCCCUUUGGUGUUGGUCCUCGAAACUGCCUUGGGAUGAGAUUUGCACUUAUGAGUAUGAAAGUUGCUGUUAGCCGGCUCCUGCAGGAAUUUUCCUUCAGACCUUGUAAAGAGACACAGAUUCCCUUGAAGUUGAGCUAUCGGCCACUCCUUGCACCUUCUGUACCUAUUGUCCUGCAAGCUGUAUUAAGGAAUAAGAAAGGAAAUCAACACUAGAAAUCCUCCACUUUACCUAUCCCCAUCUACAAUCAUGUCUCACAUUUCUCUACUAUAUUCCAAGAACAGAAUAUCCCUGGACAUCAAAAGCAACUUAAUUUAUCUUAUGAACCAAACAAAGAAAUUGAAAUGAGUUUUUUUUUUUAACUUCAGGGAUUUAAUGGGUAUUGCAGAUGACCUUUUGGAGAUCUACUUGUCUGAGGACAAUUGUAAAAUGCUUAGUGGUGUUGUGUCACUUAUGUUGAUUUAACUGAUCAUGUUCCAAAAAAAAUAAAUCCCAACAUACUAGUACCACUUAAUAUUACUAGAUUGUACUGAUUGAUAGAGAACAACAUGAAUUGAGCAGCUGUUGAAAUAGUUCAUGACUACUAUAUUCACACUGAAUAUUAUAAUAAUGUGUACUGGCAUAUUUUUUAUUUUUAAUAUUUUGUAUUAAAGCCUUCUGCUGCUACAAAUCACUUAAAGACAUGUCAGGAAAUUCCUUUUUUGAUAUCUAGUAUACUUUAAAAUCAUAUUAAUAUCAUUCAGUUGGAUGGCUGACAUGUUGAAUUUUUUAUCUUAAUUUUUUUGUUAGUUAACUGAUCAGAAUAUUGAAACAGAAAUCUGGGUUAACCACAGAUAUCUUGGUUAAGUGGACUAAUAGUUCAGUUAUUUCUUUUUUAUUUUUCUAUUCCUUUCAUAAACAUUUGAAUAUUAACCCUGACAAAAGCUUUGGGCUGACAUGGAUUAGGUUCAGAAUCAGGGGCUCUUCACAAGGGACACUCUUUUGGUCAUGUCCCACUGAAACUUUUACCCCCAAAUUUCAGUGUUGGUCUCUUUUCCUUUUCUCUGUACAAGUGUUAAAAGAAUUCUGAGUUAUUUACCACUCAGAUAUUUAUGCAAACAAUUUGUUAACAACAACAAAAAAGACUUUCUUUAAGGUGACAAAAACUGUAAAGCAAAAGCAUUUAUGCCUAAGCUUAUAAAUAUUCCAAAUUACUCUCCUUAAGUAUCUGACUGGCCUCCAUUUUACCCAAGGUUGUUCUUAGGUUAGAUACUGUCAAAACAGAGAAAUAUUUGAGGUCACUGGAAUGUCUUCUCAAACAGGGAAAUGGGAGGUAAAUGAGAAUUAUUGGAUAUUGAAUGUAACAAUAGCUAAAUAAAAUUUUUAAGUGAAUUAACUUUUAAAAAUA